CUUCCACGCGCGCUCUGCCCUAGUCCCAGACUUUUGUGUUCUUGCACCCCGGCUACCAAGGAGGGGUUCAGGCAGCGACUGUCCGGGGUGACUUCGGGGAGCAAGAUGGCCGCCGGUGUCCUGUUGGGGUCCACGCUGCUCCUGCUCGUCCUGGGCCAAGCCUGUGCCCCCUCAGGUGCUCAUGCCGGCAGCCCCAGGGAGGACUUCCGCUUUUGUGGCCAGCGGAACCAGACACAGAGAAGCCGCCUGCAGUACGAGCAGACAUCGGAGCUGCUCAUCUCCAUCAACAACUCCGAGGCGGCCCUCAUCAUCGGCGCGCCCUUCCCUGGGCUCCCGCCGGCCUCCUGGGACUUCCCGGAGCCCCGGGGCCUCUACCACUUCUGCCUCUACUGGCACCGCGGGGCCGGGCGACUGCAUCUCCGCUAUGGGAAGAGUGACUUCCCGCUGAGUGACCGGGCGUCCGACCUGCUCUGCUUCAGGCACAGGAAGGAUCCCCAGGUCCAGGGACCCCCGCUGCUCGCCACGUCCGUCAGCUCCUGGUGGAGCCGUGGGAAUACCAGCCUGCCCAGUGUUGCCAGCUUCAACUUCUUCUUCCACAAACCCCCCCAGAACACCUCCCACAAUGCCUCGGUGGACAUGUGUGAGCUGAAACGGGACCUUCAGCAGCUAAGCCAGCUCCUGAGGCAGCCGGGAAGAGGUGGCCGGAGACUCCUGCCCACGCCCAUUGGCCAGCAGCUGCAGGACCUGGAGUCCAAGCUGACCUCGGUCAAGUUCCCUGGGGACUCGGUGUCCUUCGAGGAAGACCGGGUGAACGCCACGGUCUGGAAGCUGGGGCCCGCGGCCAGCCUGGAGGACCUGCACAUCCGCUCCCGGCAGGAGGAGGAACAGAGCGAGAUCCAGGAGUACUCCGUGCGGCUGCCCCGCGCCAUCUUCCAGAAGACCAAAGGCCGGAGCGGGGCGUCUGCCAAGCGGCUGCUGGUGGUGGACUUCAGCAGCCAGGCCCUGUUCCAGGACAAGAAUUCCAGCCAGGUCCUGGGGGAGAAAGUGGUGGGCAUCGUCGUGCAGGACACCAGAGUGGCUAAUCUCUCGGAGCCCGUGGUGCUCACCUUCCAGCACCUGCCUCAGCCGAAGAACAUGACUCUCCAAUGUGUCUUCUGGGUCGAGGACCCGACAUUGAGCAGCCAGGGGAGCUGGAGUGAUGCGGGCUGUGAGACCAUCCGCCGGGAGACGCAGACGUCCUGCCUCUGCACCCACCUGACCUACUUCGCUUUGCUGAUGACCUCCUCCGCGGACGUGGACGCCGUGCACAGGCACUACCUGUCCCUGCUGUCCUACGUGGGCUGCGUGGUCUCCGCCCUGGCCUGCGUCUUCACCAUCGGCACCUACUUCUGCUCCAGGCGCAAGGGGCGAGACUAUACCAUCAAGGUGCAUAUGAACCUCUUGCUGGCCGUGUUUCUGCUGGACGUGAGCUUCCUGCUCAGUGAGCCGGUGGCCCUGGCUGGCUCGGAGGCAGGCUGCCGGGCCAGCGCCAUCUUCCUGCACUUCUCCCUGCUGGCCUGCCUCACCUGGAUGGGCCUCGAGGGCUACAACCUAUACCGGCUGGUGGUGGAGGUCUUCGGCACCUAUGUCCCUGGCUACUUGCUCAAGCUGAGCAUCGUGGGCUGGGGCUUCCCCCUCUCGCUGGUGACCUUGGUGGCACUGGUGGAUGUGAACAACUAUGGCUCCAUCAUCCUGGCCGUGCACAGGGCCCCUGAGAGCGUCUCGUACCCUUCCAUGUGCUGGCUCCGCGACUCGCUGGUGGGCCACAUCACCAACCUGGGGCUCUUCAGCCUGGUGUUCCUGUUCAACACGGCCAUGCUGGGCACCAUGGUGCUGCAGAUCGUGCGGCUGCGUCCCCACGCCCAGAAGUGGCCGCACGUGCUGACGCUGCUGGGCCUCAGCCUGGUCCUGGGCCUGCCCUGGGCCUUGGUCUUCUUCUCCUUCGCUUCCGGCACCUUCCAGCUGGCAGUGCUCUACAUCUUCAGCAUCAUCACCUCCUUCCAAGGCUUCCUCAUCUUCCUCUGGUACUGGUCCAUGCGGCUGCAGGCCCGGGCUGGCUCCUCCUCUCUCAAGAGCAGCUCGGAUAGCGCCAGGCUGCCCAUCAGCUCGGGCAGCACCUCGUCGGGCCGCAUCUAGCCGCCACCUGGACCUCAGCUGACUCCCGCGGGCCUCGGUGGGCCUGGGAUGCCCCGGCUCGGGAGGCCUGAGGCCCUUCUCCUGCCGCUCACUGCCCAGGGCCUGCCCCUCCUCUCCCGCCCCUCACAUAGCCCGGGACCCAGUCCCAGCAAUGCUUUGGGGGUGGAAGAUCCCAGGGGCCUCCUGGGGCCUGCUGGUACCCUCCGGGUGGGCCUGUGCCUGCCCCUGACUCAGGAGGGCAAGGCCAGCUGUUCCUAAACUGCGCCCCCGUCUCACUGCUCAGAGCCCCCCACCCCGGGGGCUGGCCUUUCCGGACACUCUCCCACAGCAGGAACUGUCAAGGGAGCACCCUCACUGCAGCACUGCACCGCCAGACAGAGGCCUCGGGGUGCACCUCUCCCCCGCCUCCCAGCCACAGCUCAUCACAAUUCAUUCUCUUGGACACAAAUUGGGACCAACAGACCUGGUCACUCCCCCUUGGGAUCACUCAGUCUGACACUCGAGACGUGUCGAAGACAAAACUCCAGAAGCUUCAGGAACCCUUAUUCCUAACCGGGAAUCCAGGAGGACUUCUUGUAGGAGAUGGCAUUUGAUCUGGAUCUCCGCCUUAAAAAUGGGUGGGAUUUUCUUCCUGUCUUUUUUUUUUAAAGGGAUUUCAUUUUUUAUUGCCAGUUUGUGCAUCUUUUGAUAUUAAAAAGUACGUGUUUACGAUAGAGAAUGUGGAACCUGUAGAAGAGUGUAAAGAAGAACAUAAUUAAAAAAAAUCAGUAGCUGUUUUCAAAUCAAGUAGCUGUAACAAGUCAAGGUAAAUGUUUUGGGGUCUUUGCCUCUGAGAUGUUUUUAAGAUGUUCUAUGGACGGGAAACCCCGGGGACUCUCAGGAACCAUGAACAACAGAAGAGUCCUUGGCUGAGAAGCUGCGUCUCUGGAGACUGCAGUGAGGGGAAGGGAAGAC